AAUGGAAGCAGUUCAGCUUUUUCAAACGCGCCGCGAGACCUCGCCGGUGCGUUCUGUUUCGUGUGUCCAUUCCAUUUCAUCGAAAAAGGCGUCCUCUGACGCCGCUGCUGCAUGGCCAGUGACGUCACCCUCUAAACACCGAGCGCAGGUAGCUCGCGUGUAAACAAUAACAGACGCGAGGAGAGCGUGGAGGACCAAACAAAUGCCACAUCUCACUGCACUGGCCAAAAGCGGAGUCUGUCGCAGCACAUUUUACAGGAAUGGCAUGUCUUAUGGCAGCCUUUUCAGUCAACAAUACUACAGUGACCAACUCCAUCAUAAUGAACACAAAUGGACCUCCUGACCUCAUGCUAGACCCUAGAACCGUGUGCGUGUCCAUUGAUGAACUGAUGUCCAGUCACGUCGGCAGUCAGCAGACGCCGCUGUUACACGGACACCUGAAGAAAGUAGAGAACAAUCUGACCGAAGCCCAGCGCUUUUCAUAUCUCCCCCGCAGACCCGCAGUCAACAUUCAAUUCAAAGAUCUCUCGUACUCAGUUCCUGAAGGACCAUGGUGGAGAAAAAAAGGUUACAAGACCCUUCUGAAAGGGAUCUCUGGGAACUUCACCAGCGGUGCUUUGGUGGCCGUCAUGGGACCCUCUGGGGCCGGGAAGUCUACCUUAAUGAACAUUCUAGCAGGUUAUAGGGAAACAGGCAUGAAGGGGGAGAUACUGAUAAACGGGCAGCCCAGAGAUCUGCGAUCUUUCAGGAAAGUGUCCUGCUACAUCAUGCAGGAUGACAUGUUACUGCCACACCUCACCGUACAGGAAGCCAUGAUGGUAUCAGCUAAUCUCAAACUCCAGGAAAAGGAUGAAGGCAGACGUGAAAUGGUUCGGGAAAUCCUGACCGCUCUCGGUUUGUUAGAAUGUGCCAAAACACGCACAUCCAACCUGUCUGGGGGCCAGAGGAAGCGUUUGGCCAUCGCCUUGGAGCUUGUCAAUAACCCACCCGUCAUGUUUUUUGAUGAGCCCACAAGUGGGCUGGACAGCUCCUCCUGCUUCCAGGUGGUCUCUCUGAUGAAGGCUCUUGCUCAGGGUGGUCGAACAGUCAUAUGCACAAUUCACCAGCCCAGCGCUAAAGUGUUUGAACUCUUCGAUAAGCUGUAUGUCCUCAGUCAAGGCCAGUGUAUUUACCGAGGAAGAGUUUCAAGCUUAAUCCCGUAUCUCAGAGAACUGGGACUCAACUGUCCCACCUAUCACAACCCCGCAGACUUCAUAAUGGAGGUGGCCUCUGGUGAAUACGGUGACCAGACAGCUUGGCUGGUGAAGGCCGUUCAGGAGUGCAAGUGUGAGAAAGACUACAAAAGUGAAACGAAUGGUAACGGGGUCCAAAAUCCCUUUCUGUGGCACAGACCAUCCGACGAGGACUCCUCAUCAUCAGAGGGUUGCCAUAGUUUUUCUGCCAGCUGCCUGACGCAGUUUUGCGUCCUUUUCAAAAGAACUUUUCUUAGCAUCCUGAGAGAUUCGGUGUUGACUCACUUGCGCAUCAUGUCUCAUCUUGGGAUUGGAAUUCUGAUCGGUCUUUUAUACUUGGGCAUUGGCAACGAGGCCAAGAAAGUCCUUAGCAAUUCCGGGUUCCUGUUCUUUACAAUGUUGUUCCUCAUGUUUGCAGCUUUGAUGCCCACCGUCCUCACCUUUCCUCUUGAGAUGGGCGUCUUUUUGAGAGAACAUCUAAAUUACUGGUACAGCCUGAAGGCAUACUACUUGGCCAAAACAAUGGCGGACAUCCCAUUUCAGAUUGUGUUCCCAGUGGCCUACUGCAGUAUAGUGUACUGGAUGACAUCUCAACCUUCAGAUGCAGUCCGUUUCAUACUUUUCCUGGCUUUAGGGACACUCACGUCACUGGUUGCACAGUCAUUGGGACUGCUGAUAGGAGCGGCAUCCACAUCAUUACAAGUAGCAACCUUUGUCGGCCCUGUGACAGCAAUCCCUGUGCUGCUGUUUUCAGGCUUCUUUGUCAGUUUUGACACUAUUCCUAAAUACCUCCAAUGGAUAUCAUACAUUUCCUAUGUCAGAUAUGGUUUUGAAGGAGUCAUUCUGUCCAUCUAUGGGCUUGACCGUGAGGACCUGCACUGCGACAAAGAUGAGACAUGCCACUUCCAGAAGUCAGAAGCCAUUUUGAAGGAGCUGGAUGUUGAAGAUGCAAAACUCUACAUGGACUUCAUUGUGUUGGGCAUCUUCUUUGUAUCGCUUCGUCUGAUCGCUUACUUCGUACUGCGAUACAAGAUCAGUGCUGAGAGGUAGACUUGUGGAAGACAUGCUGCAGAGAGUACUGUUGAGAAUUUCCUGCCCAGGGAGAGCUAGGCUGAGAAAGGCAAAGCAGAGAGAGUUUGUUCCCUCCAAACUCACCAUCGCCAUGUUUUCCCACACUAGACAGAAACCUGGGCUCAACUUGAAGUCACAGUAUGUAGAUGCUCAACUUUUGUGUGCUUUAAUAAGAAAUCAAAGAGCUUAGAACACAACAGCUUUGUGGCUCAACCAAAUGUCUGUACGGAUCGAAAGAGAAACAUGGCCACGCUGAAGAAAACUUGUAGAAGCUUGAUGAAAGUCUUUCACAGGAGCGGUUCUGAUUUUGACUGAAAAAUUCAAAUGCUGUAUUGCAUGAUCACACUGGAGAACUGGAAUCUGGCCCUUGUAAAAAAGAAGUGUGCUUAACCACACACACACACACACACACACACACACACACACACACACACACGUAACAUGAAAGUAUGAAUCAAAACCACAUUAAAGCAUAUUUUGUUUUACCAUAAAUGCUUGUCAGUACAUUCAGCAUUAAACUUUAAUCAUAUUUCAUAGACAACAGAAAUAAUGACAUAUAAUGGCGUACUUAAGUCAGACUUAAGUGGGUCAAAAAAAGCACUCUAAAUUUUGGCUAAUUACAUUUAAUAUAAAUGUACACAAAUACCUUUUCAUUUAACUGCAGUUAAUAUGUGAUUAAGUGUAUAAAAACAAACAAACAAACAAACAAAAAAAUAAAACAUUGCAAUUGGUUUACAAGUAUAUCCCUUUAAAUAUAUAUUAUUUCCUCAAGUACUAUUUUUAAAAGUAUGCUAAAGUAUGCUUCUUUUACACAAGGGUGCCCAGGUUGAACACAUAGAUGUAGAUUGUUUUUUGUUCCUAUUUAUGAUCUGAUGUAAAGGACGAUAAUUAAUUGCUGGUCUACGUGUCAUUCCUUCUACACAACUAAGAAGCUCCCAUUCUGUUAGUAAUGGCUGCUGCUCUUGUAGUGGAAUUAUAACUUGAAAAACUUGUGUGUCGGGUGUAACUGGUUCACAAGCCCAUCAGAGGAACAAAUGAAACUGUAGCAUGCACAUAAUAUGAUCAUUAAUAUAACAAUCAGAAGGAGAACUAAAAGCCCAAGAUGACUGGGUCUCAUUAGAAUGGAAAAGGUAAAAUAUAUCAAAUCCUAAUAGUGUAUAAUUUCUGUGCCAGUAGUGUCACCAUACAUGACUGCAAUGCCUUUAUCCUGAAUUAUAGAUUUUAAGGUCAUUUAAGUAAUCAAAGAGGAUCUCAAACUUCUCCAUGUGGCAUUUAUCAAUUAAACAUGUUUUAUUCACAUUUAAAGGUCAUUGAUUUAUGCUUUAUUCUUUGUUGACAUCUAUGCACAGAUUUUAAGCUUUCUGGUUACAGGACAAUAAAAGAAAAUGAAAAUUGCAAAAGUCAAUGCAAAAGGGAAAAUGUGACAAAAAUGAAGAAAAAUGUUAUUUAUUAUCUGUGUUAUUUGUAUUAAUGUCCAUAUUGCAUAUGUUUGGUGACCUCUGAGCUGUAGGUUCCCAGAGUUUUAUUCACUAAACAUUGCAGGCACAAUGUGAAUGCUGAGCUUUAACUCAAGUGUUAUGACCAUUAUAAUCAUACCAAACUUUUGCUGUGGACCUUGAUGUGGAAAUUAUGCAAUCUGUAUUUUGAAGCAUCUAUGAUUUAUGUAUUACCUCUGUUCUGUUGGCAUUUCUACUUAGAAUGUAUUGCAUUUUUUUUUUAAAUAUGUUAAUAUAUUAAUUUUCUUAUUUAGUUUGCGAUCUUGAAUCAUUGUAGAAUAAAAAUGAAAGUGGUUGCUGUAGACAUUCAAAAGCCCUGUUUUAAAAGUUAUUUCUGAAAUGGUCUAUUAAAUUACAAUAUUACAAUGUUUCUGUUAUACAAAUAGUUACAUAUUAGAUAUAAUAAUAAAGAUUUAUUGUUUUCAA